ACCUACUGCGCAAUAAAAAGCCGAACUCAACAGGCUGAUUCCCGGCACGCUCGGCGACAACCGAAAGAGCCACAAUCGCUGUGAUCUGCGCGCCUCCCGCCGCCUUUCUCUUGCACUUGCUUCAACGGCAGGCUCCGUUGAGGGCAGGCUCCAUAUUCGGCAUCGGCCUCGCCAUGAUCAACAAGACUAUGCUGUAUGUACGUAACAAUCGCGAUGGCGGUCAUGAUCGCUGCGCUGUGUCCUGCUGCGUUCCAGGCAACGGGCGACGCCUCUUCCGGAGGAAAUCAAAUCUUCGAAACGGCGGAUCUCACUGUCGAUCCUCGGGCGUCACACUUGCCAGCACAACUCCGCAUGCCCAACAUUCAUGUGUCUUUCUGAGAAGGAUUCUUCCAUGCAGCGAGCUGGUCGCUGUACCUUCGAUACGCAGCACAUUUUCGGCGAGCGAACAUGAGGUCUGCUGUUCCUUUGAUUAUCGUAUCUCGUCGCCUUGGCUACCACAAUGGAGGCUGGAAACCUAAAAGUCUUGAACGAAAUUUCAAAAGCGCUGUACAAUUUCCACCAUCAUCCCCGCACAUCUCAGACAACCGUCAUGUUUGCAGGCGCCAAAGAAUUAACUGUGAUAGUGCAAAAGACAUCGCCGUGUGCAAGAACAGGACUGCCCGAUGGGCUGGGAAAGGAUGGGGGAAUGAUGAGGUGGUGCCACCGAUAACCACGCCAAGCCUUAAUCCCGCAGACCAUGCAAGCCUCAAAUCUGGGGACCUCGGAAUGUGUACUUCCCAGUGGGUCCAUCGCAUGUACGGGAACAUCAGCCCUAGGGAGAUGAGAAAAAGUGGUGCCGGUCUGCCUUCUCACGUGCGGGUAAUUCUGCUCUCACCACCUUCUCCCCUCUUUUUGGCCCCUCGUCCCUUAACUGAUUGCAGGUGGUGUCCUGCAUGUUCGGCGCUAUGGAUCUGCGGACCUUGCAUACCCGCGUGCGCAGUAGUCGCUACCACUUGUACGUCUCCUGCGCAUCUGGGCUGUUUCUCCAUUAUUCCACCGUCAUCCGACUACUGCUGCCGGAGUCUCUCACGCUGCUGCAGUAUUGACUUCGACGAGCUCGUGUUCCACAGUAUCCUCUCAGGCACGCCAGCCUUCCGCGUUGAGAUUGAGGCAUGUCAGAUUUCGAUCCGAGCUAACGAUUCCUUUGACCUUUGCUCCUGCGUCGCUGGUGAGGCAUGUGCUGGUCAUGCUGCAUGAGUGCUGUGACCGACGAAUGCCCGACAUCCGUAGGGCACUGAGGGCGUGCGUCGCACAGAGAAUGAUCUGGCCAAUGAUUGAUACCCCGCAGACAACGCUCCGUGCCUGUGUUUAAACGCCCGGGUGAGAAUGCGGCCGAGAGAGAGAGAGAGGUGAUCUCACGGGCAUUUCCCUGAGCGUUGUGAGGACGACGCAUUAUACC